ACACCCCCUAAAUAUAGCUAUUGGCACAGUCUAAUCUUUCUUUAUGAGUGCAUUGAUGCGUACCACUUAAUGCAGCAGCUUUCUUUUGAUAGGGUGUAACUUGAUUCCCAAGGCAACUGUUGCCACCGCAAAACACUAAACACAUAUAUCGGUACGUCAGUAUAAUCUCUAACUAGCACCACUAUAGCAAUCUGGUAUAUUUAAACUUGGAUUUGUUUUUUUUGUGUGUUGUUGCAUGUUGAUUUAAUGCUAAGGCAACUACACCUUUAAGAAGAAAAGUAGAGCUUUGAAAGUUUCGUUGGACUCCUCUGGUGUGCUAACAGAAGUGUGAAGUAUAAGAUGAAACUACCAGCCAUCUCCAUAGCUUCCACGCCAGUCUGUAUUCCUCGCGCACCUCAAGGUCGCUGCCUGGUGGAUACAACCGUAAAAUUUCCCGUAAUUUCGGACUCCGCACAGUUUUGGAAAAGCAAUCAGAGUAUUCCCAGAUUGAACCCUUUACACCCACCAUUUGUCCAUAAACGGACUGUCAGUCUGGAGACACCAGAUGUUCACCAGCACAACCACCAGAGGACACUGAUCAUGCAGAGAAAAGAGCAUUACAGAUAUCAUCAGGUAUGGCGAAAACCCUUCUAUGGAACCAGCAGUGAGAGAGAAGAGUACAGGAAGGAGUUGCGAGAACAGCUGAAGAGACAAAUAGAGGAGAAAUGUGCAGCAAUAAAGCUGCAGCUGGCCAAUAAAAUAAAGGAAGCGGAGACUCUCCGAGAAGCAGACCGCCUCGAUCUGGCCAGUGAACGAGAGCAAAGGAUCCAACACAGCAAAGCAAUGGCGGUGUACAGAGAUGAGAACAAGAGGCUAAUGGAGCAGAGCUGGAGGGACAGAGCACUAACACGUUCCCAGGAGGCCCUGAAUGAAAGAGAGCUGCUGCGCCUCAACCCCAUCAACUGGAGUGGAACACUGAAAUAGGUCAAACCUCCCCAGGAGGUCAAAACGUCAGACUUAGGCCUCACUGUAGCAUGUGUGUCAGGUGGAAAAAUGGGAUCCCAAAUGUACAGUGCAGAAUCACUAAAGGAACUAAUUUUAAAACAUUUUUGGAUUACAUACAGUCAUGUGAAAAAAUGGGUACACAGUCUUUCAAUUCACAGUUUUUGUAUCAGGUCAUUAAAAAAAAACAAAAUCUGGUCCUUGGCAAAUCUUAAAAUUAGGUCAAUACAACCUACAUAUCAUACAAUGUCAUCAUUUAUUUAAACACAAAUUCAGACAAAAUACAGAAGCAGUUUUAAAAGCUUAGUACACCCUUAUUACUUCUAUAGGAAUUCAAAAAGUAAGCAACACUAGGUGAGCUGAUCAGUUUCCUCUUACUUUAUUGAUAACCAGGAAGCUUAUCAAAAACAAUUUGAAGUCCACCAGUAUAUGGU